CGUGCCCGUGCCCGGCCGCGCCGCGUCGCCUCGCCCCCCGCUCCGGCGGCGGCCAAUGGGAGCGCGGCGCACGUGACGAGCGCUCCCCGCGAUGACCUCAUCCCUGGUGUGGGAUGACGUCAAAUUCAAGAUGGAUGGAAUCACGGCGGCGGCGGCGGCGGCGGCAGCGCGCGCGGGCGAGCCGUGAGCGGGGCCGCCGCGGGGGGCGAGCCGGGGGGGGCGGCGGAGCGGAAACAGCCAAAUCAUGGAGGGGCUCUUGCAUUACAUAAAUCCGGCACAUGCCAUUUCACUUCUGAGCGCACUGAACGAGGAGCGUCUAAAGGGACAGCUGUGUGAUGUUGUUCUUAUAGUAGGGGACCAGAAAUUUCGAGCUCAUAAAAAUGUUCUGGCUGCCAGCAGUGAGUACUUCCAGACUCUGUUCACGAAUAAGGAGAAUGAGUCUCAGUCGGUGUUUCAGCUCGACUUUUGUGAACCAGAUGCUUUUGAUAACGUGUUAAACUACAUUUAUUCCUCAUCCUUGUUCAUUGAGAAAGGCAGUCUCGCAGCUGUGCAAGAACUGGGCUACAGCCUUGGCAUAUCCUUUCUUACAAACAUUGUUUCAAAGAGCCCUCAAGCUCCUUUUCCAGCGUGCCCCAUUAAGAAGAUCCUGUAUCAAGACGAAGAGGAAAGCAGUUCUCAGAAGAGAAGUGUCAUUGUCUGUCAGAACAGAAGUGAAGCACAAGGGAAGAGUAUAAAUCAAACACAACAUGAUUUAAGCCAUACUUCUAAACCUUCACCCUCUGUUGCUGUCAAAACUAGCAUUAGACCACAAGCAGCAAAACCGACCGAAACCCUUCACAAUUUAUCACUGACUGAAAGGAGAUGGCUGAAAGACAACCCUGUGAGCUAUACCAAGCUUCAUGAAACUUCUGGGACUGUAGAGGAUCAGAGCAGAUGUGGUUUGGUGAAAAGGAACACAGUACUGCCUCAAAAGCCCUUAGCAGAGAAAGAAAUUGCAAGCGAUGAACCUGGAAGCAGUGGCCAGCUUUUGAGAGGAAAGGCUGCAGAGAUGUCAUUAAAGAGGCCGCGUCCACCAGUCUUAUCGCUGCGGGGCUCAUCAGAAUCUACGUUCUUGUUGCGAGAGGCAGGAAAAGGAAAUGGUCAAGGUGAAGAUAGGAAUUUGCUAUACUACUCAAAGUUAGGACUAGUAAUCCCGUCUAGUGGAUCUGGUCCUGAAAACCAAAGUAUUGACCGAAGUGGGCCACUUGUAAAAAGUCUCCUUCGAAGGUCACUGUCCAUGGACAGUCAGGUUCCUAUUUAUUCACCUUCUGUUGACCUAAAACCUUCACCGGUAUCAUCCUCCUCCUCACCAGGAACUAACGAUUCCCAGAAGACAUUUAAUAUUGCAUCUCAGAAGUCGUGUUUGAAGGAGUCAUCAGAGAAGUUAGUCUUAGAUGAAAAGCCACAGGUAAUGCACCCACAUCGCCUUAGGUCCUUCAGUGCCUCUCAGUCAACCGAUAGGGAGGUUGCUUCCCCUCUCACAGAGGUGCGAAUAAAAACUGAACCUAGCAGUCCACUUUCAGAUCCUUCCGAAAUAAUUAGAGUAACGGUGGGCGAUGCAUCAGUGUCUACAAAUAAAGACUUUACUUUCAAAACUGAGGAUGAUCAUAAGGAGCCAAGUAGACUUCCAGCAAAGAGGAGAUUUCAAGCGGAUAGAAGGCUGCCGUUUAAGAAACUGAAGGUGAAUGAGCAAGGUUCUCCUGAGUCAGAAGAAAACUUCGAGGAAGGCUCGAGCCCGACGCACCUUGAUGCUGAUUUUGCUGAUUCCGAUGUCAGUAAGGACGAAUACAGUGAGAUGGAAGAAGCAAGACCAAAUAAAAAAUUUAAAUGCAAGCACUGCCUUAAAAUUUUCAGAUCAACAGCGGGUCUUCACCGUCACGUUAACAUGUAUCAUAAUCCAGAGAAGCCCUAUGCUUGUGACAUAUGCCACAAGAGAUUUCACACCAAUUUCAAAGUGUGGACGCACUGCCAGACACAGCAUGGAAUCGUGAAGAAUCCCUCGCCAGCUUCCAGCUCGCAUGCUGUUUUGGAUGAAAAAUUCCAAAGAAAACUGAUCGAUAUAGUGAGAGAGAGAGAAAUUAAGAAAGCUCUAAUAGUUAAACUAAGACGUGGCAAGCAAGGUUUUCAGGGACAGUCCGCUUCACAAGCACAACAAGUCAUCAAAAGGAAUUUAAGAUCGAGAACCAAAGGAGCCUAUAUUUGUGUCUACUGUGGGAAGGCUUACCGUUUCCUCUCUCAAUUCAAGCAGCACAUAAAAAUGCACCCAGGGGAAAAACCUAUUGGAGGAAAUAAGGCUCCCAAGCAGAAAGACCACAUUCACAUUGAAAGUCCGGUGGAAAACAAAGAAGUUUAUCAGUGCCGUCUCUGUAAUGCUAAGCUGUCUUCGCUUAUCGAGCAGGGGAAUCAUGAGCGACUCUGUAGAAACGCUACCGUCUGUCCUUACUGCAGCCUUAGAUUUUCUUCUCCAGAGCUGAAGCACGAGCACGAAAGCAAGUGUGAAUACAAGAAGCUCACUUGUCUCGAGUGCAUGCGCACCUUUAAGUCGUCCUUCAGUAUUUGGCGUCAUCAAGUGGAAGUCCACAAUCAGAACACCAUGGCUCCCUCAGAGAACUUUUCUUUACCUAUCCUGGAUCACAAUGGAGAAAUAACGAGCUCGUCGAGAUUGCCUCCCCAGCCAGAGUCCAAUAAAGUGAACAAUUUUACUGCAAAGGAGGAUGGAGUAUUCAGUGACUCGUCAGAACAGAUCAACUUUGACUCUGAAGACUCCUCCUGCCUGCCUGAAGACUUAAGUGUUUCCAAGCAGUUUAAAAUCCAAAUCAAGGAGGAGCCUGCAGACGACGUAGAGGAAGAGGUCACUGAAGCGAGCAGAGAACCGAAGGAGGUGGUCUCCAACAAAGACGCCGGCCUGUGGCCCUGUGAGAAGUGCGGUAAGAUUUUCACGGUGCGCAAGCAGCUGGAGCGUCACCAAGAGCUCCUGUGCUCCGUGAAGCCGUUCAUUUGCCACGUGUGCAACAAGGCCUUCCGAACCAAUUUCCGGCUAUGGAGUCACUUCCAGUCCCAUAUGUCCCAGGCUACAGAGGAGUCCUCGAAUAAGGAGCCUGAGAUGUGCCCACCCGCUAAUUCCCCGUCACCGCCACCUUUACCUCCGCCCCCCCCGCUGCCCAAAAUCCAGCCUUUGGAGCCCGACAGUCCGACAGGCUUGUCUGAAAGCUCCGCUACUACUGAAAAGUUAUUUGUCCCGCAGGAGUCAGACACGCUCUUCUAUCAUGCUCCACCGCUCUCGGCAAUCACGUUCAAAAGACAAUACAUGUGUAAACUCUGUCACAGGACUUUCAAGACAGCUUUUAGUCUUUGGAGCCAUGAACAGACACACAAUUAGCUUUAACAGAUACCUUAAAGAGCUGGCUCAGUGGAGGCUAUUUUCAGGAUCUCGGACGUGCGCCAUAUAAACCAGAAAACGAAGAGGAUCAAAGCAACGACGACAGGAGAUUGGGAAUUUGUGAUGCUGCUUGGAUUUGAAGAUAAAGGUAAACUAACUUCGUUAGCAGAUAGCAAGCCGAGUAAUUUAAAGUACUGUGGUCUGGGAUCUAAUAGCAACAGAAUAAUUUUGAUUUCAUUUAACACUGAAAUGCGAUCGCAUCUGGAUUGUAUGCAUGGAUCUUCAUCCUGUGAUGUUGGUGUGCGCGUGUGUAUUAUAUAUAAAGUUAUAUAUUAAAUGAAAGAGCAACAACAAUGUGGAUUCUAACUGUGAGUUUAUAGUAGUGAAAUACUGUAACCAACUUCACUGAUUUUAUUUUAUUUUUUCGUUUUUUCUUUUAAAGAAACCGACACACAAGCUCCGUAUAAAUAGCCGCCAUGCACUUGCAGUUAGGGAGGAAAUGGGUGGAGUGUCUUGCUGUAUUGACUUAGGUCUUAGAGAUCUUUAGCAAUAACAAAUAAACCUCAAGUUUCAGUAAUCCUGGUAUUAUUGGAUAUGAAUGUUUGAUAUUUUAAGGGAAGAUAGAAUUGUUUGUUAUUAUAUGGAACUUGUACAAAUUAAAAUAGAAUCUAAAGGCAGCAAUAUUAUUACUGAGAUUUUAUAUAAAAACAGCAGCAAGCCUGCUUUCAGCCAUUUAAUUAUAAGUUUCUAAGAAAAAUUGGGGGAGGAGGGGAGUACAUCGCUUUAUAUAAUGUCCCAAAGAAUAAUUUACUAUAGAUGUUUCGGUAGCUAAAGUUGUAUUAACAACCAUCAUAACACAAAUGGUACUGUUUAUGACAUGAAGUAGGAUUGAAUAGAUGUCAGACAAGUUUCAAAAUUUUGUUUCCACUGUUUGUACAACUGUUUGUAAUUCUAACUACAAAGGAAUGUAUAACUAUUAAAUCAAAACAGAGCUUGUUAAGGGAUAGAAGAAUAGCUGUGUUCCUACACACAGUAAUAAGCCUAGCCAUGAGUACAAAGAUAUGUUUUAACAAAAACGAAAAAUGUAAAUAUUUAUAUAGACACCUGUAUAAAUGAAGAAGUAUGUAUUUGAGAUUCGUAUUAAGCGUACAUAUCCAGCUCAAAGCAGAGGAGAAGACAUCACACUACAAUCACUGUAUUUUAGGAGUACAAUGCGUAGAAUAUUUCUUUCUGCCGCUUUCUAUCAUUUGUGGUACUGUGUUGCAGUUUUCUAAUUUGUUAAAAGUCAUGGGUGUAAUGGGCUGCAGGUAUUUCGUGUGGCUCCAUUAUUUUACCACAAAUCACAACUGGAGCAUUUAGCAUAAGCAGGAUCGUAGAAGCUAUAGCACGGGUCCAAAAUUACUCUGCAAGUAAAGGAAAUACUUACCCAGAAGUAGUGGUAAAUUAACAGAAGAUUUUCCACUAGAAUUUAAACUGAAUGGAGUGGCGCUGGAUUAAAGUGAGCAGCAAGGAUGUAGGAGACUCAGACAGUGUUUAUGGCCCUGACCGACGACCCCGGGAGGCUGGGAGAUGGGGACCGCACUGCACACUACCUAGCCAGAGCCCAGCCCGUGUCCACGGAGAGCAGCAGGAGUUCGGUGCCGAUGUCACUGGGAGCAGCAGCGAGGCUUUAAUCCUCUCUGGUUCUAAUCACGCGUUUGUUUCAGCAUCCCAAACUCAAAACGAAUUGCACACUGAUCCCAGGAUCUGAGGAUAAACAUCCUCAGUUAGGCACGCACAGGGAGAGGAUUUUUCUCCCAAGUGUGCCACUGUUAGUUUUUUUCCUAAUGGAAUUUUGUAGUGUUUUUCCUGCAAUUUAAGCUUAAAAGUGUUGGCUCAGUAUGGACCACUGACUUUGUUCAGCUACCAAAAAAAGGUAAUGCUAUUUUCAAGCCUCUUUCAUUUUUUGAUGAAAAUCUAAAAUUGUCACUAUACAUGUUAGUAGUAACAUUUUAUCCUUUUUGUUUGCUUCCAAGCAAACUGCACUUGAAUGUGGUUAUGUUAACCUGUUAGAAUAUCAAAUUCUUUACAUGAAAUUGCAAUUAAAACAAGAUUCUUACAUACUCGUUAGGUGGAAUAAAAAAUGUCACUAUCAAAUAAGACUAAAUUUCCUUCUCACAAGAAAAAAAAUAAAUAAAACACUUAAUACACUUAACCUGGUUUAACAAAAUGAGAAAGACAUGAAAACUUGCUAAAUGCGCUUUAAAUGUAUUUAAGAAGUCUGUGCAUAGAAAAUAUAAACAUGUCAACUGGUACCUAAGUUUUCACCAAUGAUUCUUCUUCACAUAAACUUAUGAUAGUUUAUAUCCAACAUUUUAAAAAUCAGUGUGCUUUUUAAAGGAAAGUGGCAACUAGUUCAUCAACGUUACCUUCCAACUGGGAUUCUGCUGUAUGGUAUGAUGAUAAAUACAACACAUUUAAAAUCAAAAGCUCAUACAACGUCUUUCAAGAAACCUUGACCUUCUUCCUAGUACACUAUGUAUUGUAUUUAACAAACAAACAAAAAUAUUUCUGGUCUAAAUAGCCUCCUUCUAAGCUUUUCUGCAGAAUUUUUUAAGUUUUGUUUUUAACUUUGAGCGUGUUCUGUGUUUUGUUUUUUUAAAUUCGAUUCCUGCUUAGUAAAGGAAUUCAGGAUCUCUGAAGUUUAAAUAUGAGAUGUUUAUAUAGUAGUUCUGGUUUUCUAUUAGCUUUUUAUACAGUAUCUUUAAAAGCCCUUGAUAGAAGUGUUUAUUUUGGAGGAUACGGAAUAAAUAUGCUUCCACUUAUAUAACUUUAAUAUAUGUUUUAAAAGUUAAAUUAUGGAAAAAAAUGUUAGUUGCUUGUUUAUAAAUAAAGGUCUUCUGAAGAGUGUCUAGCUUGGCCACAGCCAAAAUAAAAGGCAAAUUUAUUGACAAAAAA